AUGGGCCCUUUCGUGAGCUCUUAUGGCAUGACCUACAUCUUCGUAGCUGUGGACUACGUCUCCAAAUGGGUCGAGGCAAUCGCCUUGCCUAACAAUGAAGCAAGGAGUGUGACCGCAUUCUUGAACAAGAACAUAUUCACACAAUUUGGUACCGCAAGGGCCAUGCUGAGUGAUGGUGGUUCUCAUUUCUGCAACAAAGCUUUCCCCGGGCUGCUUGAAAAGACCGACUGGUCAAGGAAGCUAGAUGAUGCGUUGUGGGCAUAUCGUACAACAUUUAAGACUCCCAUUGGCACUUCACCGUACCAACUGGUUUUUGGAAAAGCGUGUCACUUUCCAGUGGAUCUUGAACACAAAUCCAUGUGGGCAUUGAAGAAGUUGAAUCUUGAUUGGGCCGAGGCUGCUAACCUGAGAAUGACACAACUCAAUAAGAUGGAGGAAUUCUGUCUCCAUGCCUAUGAGAGUGCAGCCAUGUACAAGGAGAGAAUAAAGUUUGUCCAUGAUAAGAAGAUCUUGAAGCGGAAAUUCAAGUCCGCUGACUUGGUCUUACUCUUCAAUUCAAGACUCAAGUUAUUUUCGAAAAAACUCAAGUCCAAUUGGGCUGGCCCGUUCAAAGUUGUGAGUGUGUCCCCCUAUGGUGCUAUUGAACUUGAGUCGGAGGAUGGAACUCGAACUUUCAAAGUGAAUGGUCAACGAGUCAAGCAUUAUCUCGGUAGUCCAAAAUAUAAUGAACAGGGUGCUAGUGCUGAGGAAAAUGAAGGAAAGAAAGGUCCAGAGUUUGUGACAACUAUGCGGUCGCAUAAUGACUAUGCGAACCGCAUAGUCAUCACAGACACAGGCAGAAAAAUUGGCCUGCGGUAA